UUGAAUACUGAUUCUUCUGGUGUCUUUCUUUACCCCUUGCAGGCGGUCUCUACUCACGCCGUCUUCGUCUGACCACCGCCGGAAGCGGAGGUGCUCAAUCGGAGGGAAUGCGGAGAGGCGGGGCCAUUCGGAGGUCGGUUAGACGGCCCAGAUCCUGGCUGGUGCCGCUAGACUGAAAUUUCAGAGUCUCUGAUCUACGUCUGUGGCAUUACUGAAAGAUAGUAUCCUGUGGCAUUACUGAAAGAUAGUAUCCCACCUUGAAAUCCAAUCUUGGAGCCAUGGUUCUCGGUCUGCGAUCAAAGCAGAAGAAGUGUGCUGUUCAUGUGGAGUACAUAAUCCACAUCCAUGAAAUAAAGCCAUGGCCACCAUCCCAGUCCCUGAAAUCGCUGCACUCCGUGGUCCUGCAUUGGGAGAAUGGGGACCAUCAGUCUGGAUCCACGUGCAUUGUCAUCCCUGACCUCGGGUCAGGUGCAGCAGAAGGGAAGCUUGAAUUUAAUGAGUCCUUCAAGCUUCAAGUCACAUUAUUAAAAGAAGGUUCAAGCAAAGGAAAUGAAAAAGGUACAUUUCAGAAGAAUGCACUCGAGUUCAACUUGUAUGAACCCAAGAGGGAUAAGUUUAAGGGGCAGCAUUUGGGCAGUGCAGUAAUCAACUUGGCAGAAUAUGGCAUAGUAAAAGAAGCUGUGACUGCUAACAUCCCAGUGACCAGCAAGAGAAGCUUCAGAAAUAUAAUGCAGCCAGUGUUGUACGUUAAAAUCCAACCCAUGGACGAUGCAGACAUGGGUUCUAUUUCUGGAGAGAGUCUCUCAAAGGAGGUACCAGUGGAUAAAGAUGUGAAGGAAUCAGUAUCAAAGUUGAUGAAUGAGGAGAAUGUUGAGGAAAAUGAAAUCACAUCCUUCACUGAUGACGGCAUCUCUUCUCUUUCAGCUCUUGAUCACUCAUCUGCUCAAGAGGUCAAAGCAGAUACAUUGCUUCAUAAUGACGCAGAAGAGAACAAGGUUUUGCAGAAUGUACCUGAGAUAAUGAAUCCAAAUGGAGUGGUGGGUGAUUCUGAAUCUAAAUUAUGUUUGCCAUCUGUGCCCACAAAACUGGGGUCAGAAUUAAAAGAAUCCCAUCUAAAGGAUGCUGCUCUUCAUCAAAACAAUGCCUUACCUGAGUCUGUGUCAGUAGGCUCUUUAAGCAUUACUAAGGGCCAAGAAAAUAUGAAUGAGACCCAUGGUGAGUCAGAGACUAGUUUGUUGCUCAUCAUGGAAUCAAAUAUCAUAAGUACAGUUUCAUCUUCAACCCAGAAAAUUCCAGAGGAAGUGAUUGGCUCUAGCAGCACAAAAGAUGCUACAAAUAGAAAUUCUCUGAGUCAGGAAGUUGAAGAAAUAUCAAUAGGUUGCAGUAGCAGAGAAAAUGUUGUAGAAGUCCAGGUACAUGUGGAAGAUAAUGGUCUGAUGACAGAAAUAGUUGAAUCUUCUGAUUUCACACUCCAGGCAGAAGUUUCUAACAUAUCUGAAUCAGAGCCAAAUAUAAAGCAGAAUGGAAAAACAGAAGAAAGUAUAAAUGAUUCAGAGGAAAGCAUAAAUGAGCAUGUUGCAGACAAUAUUUUCAAGGAAAAGCAGAUGGGAUUAAUAUUUGGUGCAGAAGUGGAUGAGGAUCAUCUUACUAUUAGUCAAACUAUGAAUGGUGCCCUUGAAAGUCCUGUUGGGACAACUGCAAUUCUAGAACAUAUUUCUAUCAUUCAGCAGAGAGAAACUAAGCAAAGUAAGGGUACUUUAUCAACUGAUGCAACCUUAUCUAGCUGGAGAUCUCUACAUGAGAGACACAAUAGCUCUUUUAGUACUGAAAGGCUGAGGACCAUGAAGCUUUCUGUAAGAUCACCCCCGCACUCAAUGGGAAGCAUAACAUAUGGUGCUAAUGAACAGGAUAAGGAAUAUGUUAAAGAAGUUGAUAUCCAAGAAGAUGCAUCUAAUACUAGCACAAAUUCUGGCACUGAUGAUGGAAGGGAUGACAAUGGAAGUACAAGCUCAGGUUCAAGUAAAGCAAAACAAUUUCCUAGAAGAAAUGGAAGGAUCCUUUCCAAUGACAAAGUCCAUGAAUUGGAACUUAGAGUCAAGUCACUUGAAGCAGAGCUGAGAGAAGCUGCUGCUAUAGAGAUAGCCCUUUACUCUUCUUUGGCUGAGCAUGGGAUUUCGGCACAUAAGGUCCACACUCCUGCUAGAAGGCUUUCAAGGAUGUAUAGGCAUGCUUCAAGACAAUGGCCAACAGAAAGGAUGACAAGUGCUGCUAGGAGUAUUGCAUCAGGACUAGCUUUGGUUGCAAAAGCAUGUGGACAUGAUGUGGCAAGGUUGACUUUUUGGUUGUCAAACACUAUUGUUUUAAGAGCCAUUGUGACAGAAACAAUCAAAUACCCAGGCGCUAAGCAAUCUGCUAGUACUCAGCUCCGAUAUAAUGGAUCUGUGAAGUUACCUGGGAGCAAGCAUUCCCCUUUGAAAUGGGAAUCUGUCUCUCAUAAGAACAAAGAGUUUUCUUUUUCUGAAAGUUUUGGAGACUGGGAUGACCCAGCCACCUUCAUUUCAGCACUGGAAAAGAUUGAAAGCUGGAUAUUCUCUCGAACAAUUGAAUAUGUGUGGUGGCAGAUUUUCACUCCAUGUAUGCAGUCUGGCCGUGUAGGCGGUGCACAGCAGUUAGGUUCAUUCUCGAGCAAAAGCUUUGGUAAGCAGCCAAGCAUGGUCUAUCCACAACAAACAAAUUUGUCCCUAGAAAUUUGGAAGAAAGCUUUCAUAGAUACCUCUAAACUGCUUUGCCCUCUUAGGAGUGAAGGACUUGAGUGUGGAUGCUUGCCUAUGUUAUCUAGAAUGGUCAUGGAACAAUGUGUGGCAAGACUUGAUGUAGCUAUGUUCAAUGCUAUUUUACGUGAAUCAGAUGAUGAGAUCCCUACAGACCCAAUGUCUGACCCCAUCGGUGAUUCGAAGGUUCUGCCUAUCCCUACUGGUUCAUUAAGCUUUGGUUCUGGAGCUCAACUUAAAAAUGCCGUUGGAAAUUGGUCUAGAUGGCUGACAGACUUGUUUGGUAUGGAUGUGGAUGAAUCUCAUGCUGAUGGCAACAGUCAAGACGAAAAGAUAUCAGUUGCAAAAUCAUUUAAAUCCUUCUAUUCAUUGAAUGCACUUAGUGAUCUUCUAAUGCUUCCAAAGGAUAUGCUUUUAGAAAAGUCAAUCCGAAAAGAGGCAUGCUCAACAUUUAGUCCAAACGUGAUCAACCAUAUUCUUAAUAGAUUCCUGCCAGAUGAAUUUUGUCCAGAUCCAGUUCCAAAUGAUGUCCUUCAAGCACUGGAAUCUGAGGAAUAUGCUGAGAGCAGCCAGGAAGAGAUAAGAAGCAUUCCAAACAAUGCAUCUCCUAUAAUUUACUCUCCCCCAUCAACUACCUCAAUUGAGAGCUUUAUCGGAGAAAUAAGAAUCAACUCACUUACGAGGAUUGGAUCGUCUGUCAUCCGAAAAUGUCACCAGAGCGACGAUGAGCUCGACGAAUUCGAUUCACCUCUAUCCUCCAUCAUCAAUGGCAAGUCCCCUAGUCCAAAAUCUGGGAACAAAGAAAAUGACAAAUUCAGUUCUAUCAGAUACCAGUUGCUCCGUGAGGUUUGGAGAAUUGAUGAAUAGUCACUUAUUCUUCUCGCAUUUGUUUUCUUUUUGUCGUUGUUUUUUUCUAUGCAUGAUUGCAGCAAAUAGAAGUCCUCAUGUAUAUAAUAUGCCUUUUUUUAUCAACUUGAGUUGCAUAGGGAUGCAUGCUUCCGUUAAGCUGUGUAGACCUCUCGAAGUUUUCAGAGCUUGAAAAUUUGAAAUAAAAAACGUUGUAUUGAUUAUUUACGGCCCUUGUAUCGAAGUAUUGUUUACAGAAA